UCCGUUUCCUGGUAGUUGCCUGCCUGCUCGCGCCACAGCCGGCUGUCGUUGAAAAUCGACUGUUAAAUUUCGCCACGCCAGUUGAAUGAAUAACCUCAUCAUGUCAGCCGAAACUUCACUUCAGUUAAUUAACAUCUUAGAGAAGACGAUUUCACCAGACAAAAAUGAACUCGAAGCUGCUCAGACAUACCUCGAACAGGCAGCACUUACAAACUUUCCUGAGUUUUGCAAAGGACUCUCUGAAAUAUUGGGUCAUGGAGGGAACUCAGCAGUUGUGCGGAUGGCAGCUGGCCUGCAAUUUAAGAACAGCCUCACUUCCAAGGAUCCUAAUAUUGCUAUUCAAUACCAACACAGGUGGCUAGCUCUGCCAGAACAAACUAGAGCGUACAUUAAACAGAAUAUCUUGGGUGCUUUGGGAACAGAAAAUAACAGGCCGAGCACUGCUGCCCAGUGUGUGGCGUAUGUGGCUGUAGCAGAGUUACCAGUCAAGCAAUGGCCAGAACUGAUUGAAUGCCUCGCUUCAAACGUCGUCAAUACCUCCAGCACUGAAAUGACCAAGGAAGCCACCUUGGAGACUAUUGGCUACAUCUGUCAAGAAAUUCAAGACCAGGAGGUUCUGCAGCUGCAGGCAAACCAAAUUUUAACAGCGAUUAUACACGGAAUGAGAUCAAAUGAGCCCAGCAAUCAUGUCAGGCUCGCAGCAACAAACGCUUUACAAAAUUCAUUGGAGUUUACCAGAGCCAACUUUGAAACAGACACUGAGCGUAAUUUUAUAAUGGAAGUAGUUUGCGAGGCAACACAAAGCACAGACACAGCGGUCAAGGUAUCUGCCCUGCAGUGCUUGGUGAAGAUCAUGUCCCUGUAUUACCAACACAUGGAGUCUUACAUGGGCCAAGCGCUCUUCCCCAUAACUCUUGACGCCAUGAAAUCUGAAACAGACGAGGUUGCCCUCCAGGGCAUCGAGUUUUGGUCAAACGUCAGUGACGAGGAAAUGGAUUUGAGCAUUGAAGCUACGGAGGCUUCUGAAGCAGGCCGCGUCCCCUCUAGAUGUUCGCGUUUCUACGCGAAGGGCGCUUUGCAGUUUCUGGUGCCUGUCCUUCAGCAAAAGUUGACAAAGCAAGAGGAGAAUGACGAUGAAGACGACUGGAAUCCUAGCAAGGCGGCAGGGGUGUGUCUCAUGCUGCUUGCUACCUGCUGCGAGGACGACAUUAUUCCUCACGUGCUCCCGUUCGUCAAGGACAACAUCAAGUCUCCAAACUGGAGGUGCAGGGACGCUGCUCUCAUGGCCUUUGGUUCCAUUUUGGGAGGGCUUGAGCCUACCACCUUGAAGCCUCUAGUGGACCAAGCCAUGCCCACUUUAAUUGAGCUUAUGUACGACCAGAGUGUCCAAGUUAGAGACACUUGCGCAUGGACCUUUGGCCGCAUCUGUGAAAUCGUUCCUGAAGCAGCCAUCAACGAGCAAUAUCUAAAGUCGCUUCUUGAGGCACUGGUUAACGGUUUGAAAGCGGAACCCAGAGUUGCCAACAAUGUUUGCUGGGCGUUCACUGGCUUAGCUGAGGCGGCAUAUGAGGCAGCCGAAAAUGCCAUGAACGCUGGCAAGGAUGACGAUGGGGCGCAGCCCGAAACUUAUUGCCUCUCCCAAUACUUUGAGUUCAUCGUCCAGAGACUUCUUGAAACUACUGACCGACCUGAUGGGGCUCAGGCAAAUCUUAGGAGCAGCGCUUAUGAAGCACUUAUGGAAUUAGUGAAAAAUUCACCACGCGACUGCUAUGUAGCUGUUCAAAAAACGACCAUGGUCAUCCUGGAGAGGCUGCAACAUGUAUUGCAAAUGGAAUCGCACAUUCAGUCGCACUCAGACCGCGCUCAAUACAACGACCUCCAGUCGCUUUUGUGCGGCACCUUGCAGAGCGUGCUGCGCAAGGUCAGCACUGAAGAUGCACCCAAGAUAUCGGACACCAUCAUGACUGCAUUGCUGCAAAUGUUCAAUUCAAACUCGUGCAAGGCUGGAGGAGUGCAGGAAGAUGCUCUUAUGGCUGUUUCCACUCUAGUCGAAAUUCUAGGGGAAGGGUUCCUCAAGUAUAUGGAGGCCUUCAAGCCUUUCUUGCACCUUGGUCUGAAAAACCGCGCUGAGUACCAGGUGUGUGGUGCUGCUGUCGGCCUUACCGGAGAUAUCGCUCGUGCCUUACGAGCCCGAAUCCUGCCAUACUGCGACGAGAUUAUGAUGCUGCUUCUAGAGAAUUUGGGCGACAACACAGUCCAUCGUUCAGUGAAACCGCAGAUUCUGUCUGUCUUUGGUGAUAUAGCUCUUUCGAUUGGACAUGAUUUCGGGAAAUAUCUCACUGUCGUUCUGCAGACCUUGGCCCAAGCCUCUCAGGUUGAUGUAGAUAGAUCUGAUUUUGACAUGUUGGAUUACCUGAAUGAGCUUCGAGAGGGAAUCCUUGAGGCCUACACAGGAAUUAUCCAAGGAUUGAAAGACGAAGAUGGCAACAAUGAAGCGGGCAAGACAUGUCUUUUAGCGCUUGAGUCUCAUCUGCCUUCAAUUAUCCAUUUCGUCUCAACGUGCUCACAAGAUCCAGACCACUCGGACUCCAUCAUUCACAACUGUGCUGGAUUAGUAGGGGACCUUUGCCUGACGUACGGAGCAAAAGUAUUGCCUCUGGUUGACGCGGAAGCUGUCAACGAAAUGCUCACCGAAGGGCGUCGUUCGCGAGUGACAAAAACCAAGAACAUUGCCAACUGGGCCACAAGAGAGGUGCGCAAACUGCGCAACCACGCAACAAGUUGCGUUGAUCAGAUGGUCAGGUCAAGUCGCGCGCGCCCCCCUGAUCGCCAUGUCCACUUUGUGGGCGUGACAUUCAAAAGCAAGUUGAGGUCUGCACGUGGAGCGCAUGCGCAGUUCUGCGCAGCAUUGACCUCGCGAGCGGAAGAUCCACAUGUGCUUUCUGACACAAACCGCCGAAUUUACCGCCGAUUCCGUGGUUUUGUGGGCAAGGGACGUCGGCUGUCCAGCCUAUGCUAAGUUGAAGAGCCCGCGCGUCGAUUUUUAGGUGAGCCCAGCACAGCGGAGCAGCCCUUUCAGCCAAAAAUACGGCGGCUACUGGGGACGUGGCGCCAUUUUGACUGAUUCGCCACACGCUUUGCCGACUCAUUUGUGCCGAUUUAGGCCGCCUUGUGAGUCUCGAGUGGUCGGACGACUGAAGAAGAGUCAUGUCGUCCAAUAACUACAGCAGCGAGGACAACUCGGCGGACAGGAACGUCGAGAUAUGGAAGAU